AUGAUCGGAAUCAGCUCGCUCGCCACCCCAAGCGACCGAAAUGGGAGUCUCGGUACAACAAGCGCUACCCGGCCAGCCCCAGAGUCCGAUGGGCCGUGUCAGGGUAGAUGCUACUUUACCAUUCUCCAUCGCCUCGCCUGGCUCGAGCAAGCUCGUGGUACAGAUGAGAAUCCCCCAACAAUCGAUGUGAUCAUGACAGCCGAGCAGGACACUCGCCUCCUCAAAGAGCAAUUGUUUAAAUGUGGUAGUGAUAUACCAGAAGACAAAGGAUGUCUUGCUUCACGGCCUUCCAGCCUCAUGGCUUUGGGCUUGUUUGCAGGAUGUGUCGUCUCUCUUCUCGAAGGUCUCUUUCGCCGAGCAGCGAUGUCCGCAUGA